CGUUGUGCUUAUGCGCGGUGUUUACGUGUGCAGGAUUCAGAAACGUUAAGGAAUCGAAAUAACCAGGAUUUGAUCGUUCUUAUGAGAAAUAAUGUUACGAAUAAGGUCUCAAAAUCAUAUCUGCGAACAAGAAGCCAAAUUUGUUCAAGAACGCAUAUCCGCUGUUGAAAAACACUUCGCCGAACUGUGCACAAUUUUCGCUGCAUUCACAAGGAAGGCUGCAAGGUUUUUAUCCAUGCAUUUAAAGUAUAUAAUAAUGAUAUUGCGCGAUAAAAAUGACGAGGUUGCCAAGGUUGUCCAAAAUUACGCGGAGUCGGAAAACAUUAAUCAAUCUCUUAGCAAUGGCCUGGCAAAUUUUGCCACUACGUUAUCGGUGAUCGGAGAUUACAGAGACGCCGAAGUUCAGAGACUGGACAGCAAAGUGAUAUCACCGUUAUCGCAGUAUGCUGUUAUUUGCAAGCACGCUAGGGAGGAUGUGAAAAACACUUUCGCCGCACGUGACAAAGAGCUGACAAGACGAAAGCACUUGGACAAAGUUAGGGAACGUAAUCCAAGAAAUCGACAAAUGAUCUCUCAAGCUGAAUCUGAGCUAAUGAAAGCUACGGUUGAAGUAUCAAGAGUUGUUAAAGGAUUGGAGGAACAAAUCGACUCGUUUGAAAGGCGGAAACUACACGAUGUCAAAUCGGUUUUAUUAGAUUUUGUUACCGUCGAACUUGGCUUCCACACAAAAGCUGUGGAACUUCUUACCAAGGCUUAUCAAGACGUAGCCGAAAUCGACGAAGCAAAGGAUUUAGAGGACUUUCAAGUAACCCGAGGAGAUAUGAAUGGGGAAUUUCGAGAAGUUAUGCGCGUCCCGGAGUCUGUAUCACGUCUCGAUACUGUCAGACGGGCUUCUUUCCGGCAAGCCUAUUCCCUCACGAAUCUAGCCAGCCGGUUUACUUCCUCCCCGAUUACUUCCAAAUCGAGUCCCAAUCGGCCGACCGAAUCUUUGGAAUCGCUAAAGACUGGGUUCACAAAUUCUGAGUCUACGAGGGUCGAGGAAUACGGGCAUAGCUCUGAGGAAUCAGACUCGGAAUCAAUACAGGAGAUAUCAGUGAGACACAGGCACAAAACCAUGUAAAUGAACUCGAAGUAACAAUAUUGAUAUCUAAUUCUAGGAUAACAUAAUGGAAUAUUCAUCGCAGAAUCGGCAAAGUGGCCUAAGCCUAAGAGCAGUGCCUGCUGCACCCAACUACCAAAAAUCCCUCACAUCGUCAGUCAUCCACAGUAUAUCUUACACUUAAUUGAUGCAAUUUCGCGUCGUACGAAAUACUUACUUUCAUAAUUAGCUAAUUAAUUAUUCCUAAUUAAUUGCUUGUAAUAAAAGUGCCUGGAAAGUAUUCUUAAUAUUAUUAUUUUUUUUUUGUUUGAGCAUUGUGAUCCCAUGAGGGAAUCUAUGAAUAUAAUUUUUCAACGGUACUUUACAUUGAUUGUAGUAAUUUAGUUAAAUUAUGAAAAUGCUAAUAGUGAUAUAAGCUUUUAUCUUUGUUUGGUAAGUUUUACGUAUCAUUAUAGUGAAAAAAACAGUGCGUUUAUU